AUGGCCUUCGUCCCUGUGCCCAGCUACCAGCCCGCCUACAACCCGCCACUGCCAUAUGUGGCCUCUGUGAUGGGGGGGGGGCUCUGGCCCGGCAUGACCAUCUACGUGCAAGGUGUUAUAUCCCCCCACGCUGACAGGUUCCAUGUGAACCUGGUGAGUGGGGGGGGAGGGGCUGACCUAGUGAUGCACUUGAACCCCUGUUUGGGACGGAGGGGCAGGCGGUGCUGAACAGCCGCCAUGGGGGGGCAGUGGGGGCCAGAGCAGUGCCACGACCUCCACCCCUUCAUGCCUGGGACCCCCUUCGAGAUCGUCAUCACCAUCACCCCUCCACGCCUAUUGGGGGGAUACAAGGGCUCACAGGGUGUAUAUGGGGUCUCCAAGGGGGAUAUAUGUGCAUACAGAGGGCCGCAGACCAUCCCCUACCAUCAUAGCAACCUGCCGGUGAGUGCCCAGCCCCCGUCCUGUCUGCAGCCUGUGCCCUUCGUGGCCACCAUCGGGGGGGGACUCAUCCCCAAGAAAAUCAUUGUAGUGAAGGGCUUCAUCCCCCCCCCCCCCCCAAGGGUCCACAUCAACCUGCGGGUGGGUCCUGGGGGGGGCAUGCUGCUGCACUUGAACCUGAACCUGGGCAAGGGGGUUGUGGUAUGCAACAGCCUGCUGGGGAGUGGGGGGGUGAGUGUCUGGGGGGCAGAGGAGCAGGAUCUGCCCCACAACCCCUUCCAGCACAGCUGCUACUUUGACCUCUCCAUCUGCUGCGGGAACCAUUGCUUCAAGGUGUUUGCCAAGGGCCAGCCACUCUGCAACUUCUCCCACCACCUGCCCCUGGGACCCCAUGUCGACACGCUGGAGGUGGAGGGCAACGUCGUCCUCUCCUACGUCCACUUCUGAGCCCCACAGCUGGCCCCAUAGCCUGGCUCAUGGCCUGCCCCA